AUGUGGCCGUGCGGCGGGUGGCGGCAGCGCCGCCUCGGGGGCUUCGCGUUGGUCAUCUUCAUGCUGUGGCUGCUGCUGCGCAGGUAUUACCCAUGCCAGCUGCCUGUUCUUUCAGAGCCCUGUGAGAAUGCUGUGCUACACAGGUUUAACUGGAGCGAGCUGAUCCCUCUGCGGCUGCGGGGGAGGACCCUGGGCUUGCAGACAGGAGGCUCCCAGUUCCUGCUGGAGGGAAUGCCCUUCCGCAUCUUCGGAGGCUCUGUCCACUACUUCCGAGUGCCCAGGGAGUACUGGGAAGACAGAAUGCUGAAGAUGAAAGCCUGUGGCUUGAACACCCUCACCACGUACGUGCCAUGGAACCUCCAUGAACCAGAAAGAGGGAAGUUUGACUUCAGUCAAAACCUGGAUCUAGAGGCCUUCCUUUCACUGGCAGCUAAAAAUGGACUCUGGGUGAUUCUGCGUCCUGGACCUUACAUCUGCUCUGAAUGGGACCUUGGUGGUCUGCCCAGUUGGCUACUGCAAGACCCAGAGAUGCACCUGAGGACGACGUACAAGGGCUUCACAGAAGCUGUGGAUGCCUAUUUUGAUCAUCUCAUGCCCAUUGUUGCCCCUUUUCAGUACAAGAGAGGAGGCCCCAUCAUUGCAGUCCAAGUGGAGAACGAGUAUGGUUCCUACGCCAAAGACCCAAACUACAUGGCCUAUGUCAAAAGGGCUCUGUUAAAGAGAGGGAUUGUGGAGCUGUUAAUGACCUCAGACAACAAGAAUGGGCUGUCUCUUGGCUUGGUGAAAGGAGCACUGGCCACUAUUAACUUUCAGAAACUGAACCCUGGGCUGCUGAAAUACCUGGAGAGAAUACAGAAAAAUCAGCCAAAGAUGGUGAUGGAGUACUGGACUGGAUGGUUUGAUAGCUGGGGAGGACCCCACUACGUCUUUGAUGCAGAUGUAAUGGUGAAUACUGUUGCAAGCAUCCUCAAACUAGGAGCAUCCAUCAAUCUCUACAUGUUUCAUGGAGGCACCAACUUUGGCUUCAUGAAUGGUGCUUUGCAGGCUGAUGAAUACAAAGCAGAUGUCACAAGUUAUGACUAUGAUGCUGUGCUGACAGAGGCUGGGGACUAUACCUCCAAAUUUUUCAAGCUGCGACAGCUCUUCAGCACCAUCAUUGACCAGCCUCUUCCUCUGCCUCCCAUGAUUGAGAGCAAGGCAUCCUAUGGUGCAAUCCUGAUGCAUCAGUACAUCUCCCUCUGGGAUGUGUUACCAGCUCUUCUGCAGCCCAUCAAGUCAGAGUUCCCCAUUAACAUGGAGAACCUGCAUCUGAACAGGAGCAGUGGGCAGUCCUAUGGCUAUGUGCUCUAUGAGACCAUCAUCUUCGGCGGGGGACAGCUGCAGUCACGGAACAAUGUCCGAGACCGAGCGCAGGUGUUUGUUAACACUAUGUAUGUUGGGGUGCUGGACUACAACACAGUGGAGCUCACCCUUCCUGAAGGACAGGGAUUCAGGCAGCUCAGGCUGCUGGUAGAGAACCGUGGUCGUGUCAAUUAUGGCCUGGCACUGAACGAGCAGAGGAAAGGCUUAAUUGGUGAUGUCUUCUUGAAUAAAACCCCCUUGAGGAACUUCAAGAUUUACAGCUUGGAGAUGAAACCGAGCUUCCUGGAAAGCCUGAAGCACACUGCUGGAUGGAGUUCAGUCCCAGAUUACUUUGUGGGUCCAGCUUUCUUCCGUGGGAGGCUGUGGAUAGAGCAUCAGCCACAGGACACUUUCCUGAAGCUCCAGGGCUGGGAAAAAGGAGUUGUGUUUGUCAAUGGGCAGAACCUGGGCCGCUACUGGAAGAUUGGACCUCAGGAAACUCUCUACCUUCCUGGCCCCUGGUUAUGGAAAGGGAGCAAUGAGGUUGUUGUGUUUGAGGAGCACACUGCAGGGAGGAUCAUCCAGUCUGUGGACAUCCCUUCCUUAGGAAGGAGCCAGUAUGUGGACUGA